AAAAGUUAUAUACGAGAAUCAACAGAAGUAAUAAGCGAUUCUACCUAGUAUACUCGGUAGUGAUCUACUAAGGGAAGCGGUUGUGGAAGCGGUAAAUGGACUACCCAGUGGCCGCAAUAGUCCACUGUGCAUUACAAGUCCUUAGCAUUGGUCUUACAAACUCUUUUCUUUUUGCCCCUCUUUUGGUAUCUGGGGCAAGUCUACGAUAUGGAUUUCUCUCUAAGCUUGAAUCUACCCCUCUUUUCUUAGAAAUGAUAUCUUUUGCCUAUUUAGUUCUAGAAGGCAGAUUGAUACUCACUCUAUUAAUUGUGGAGUUGAUACAUAUGGAGGUGGGGGUGGAAUCAUCCUCUUAUUGGAAGGCAAAGAAAGCUUACUAUGGCCUAGACAGGUGUUGUAACCAAGGAAGGUUGCUGGGCCCACUAUGAGUUUGGUGAUUUCAGCAGUGCUAUAUCAUGUACUUUGAUUCACUGGAUGAACCCAACUUACUAAUGCUUGGUAAAGCAUGACGGAUUGCUUACCUCCCCACUUGAAUUAUAUUGAUUGGUGACUUUUUUCAUCUCUUCUCUCAUGACGUUGUUGACAAGUUCUUGAUGUCAUUCAUGGCUGGUUCUAUAAAUGGCGUUUGUAUCAAAUAGUACCAGCUUUGUCACCAU